AUGUCGUUCCCCCUUCUCGCAGAAGCCUGUGCCCAUUACCCCGCAAUUGACGAUCACGGCAAGGCGUCUCCGGCCACUUAUCGCGACUCCGUGCCGUUCGAGGGUCUCAUCUCCGAGGCCGAGGGCGAUGCUCUCCUCAACGACGCCCCGCACACGAUCUCGUGUUUUCGUGCUGCCAAGGAACUCGCACCUCUGUUCAAGCUCCCGGACGGCGCGUCCUGGGACAGCGUCAAGGCUGCUCGCCAGAAGAUCCCAUACGACGAGCUCGUGCAGUUGAGCAUGCACCGGACCGGCAUCCAGUGCCUCCUUCUCGAUGACGGGCUUGGCGGGGUGCAGGAAAUGUGCGAGGACUACAAAUGGCACGACCAGUUCACGCGCUCGGCCACGAAACGCAUCGUCCGUGUUGAAAUCGUUGCACAGGAUCUUCUCAAAGAUCUGUUAGACGCCCAACAUGUCACAUCCUCCUCUACGGGCUUCGACUGCGCGGCCCUUUUCGAAAGCCUCGAGGCCAAGUUCGCCGCUUCCAUCGCCGCCAGUGCGGAAGACCCCGAGGUCGCUGGCUUCAAGUCUGUAGCAUGCUAUCGAGGCGGCCUCGCCAUAUCUCCGGCCGUGGAUCCCGCAGGCAUCGCCGCUGCUCUGGGCACUGUCAUCGGAACAUACCUCGAGGACCCCUCCAAACCUAUCCGGCUAGCCCAUAAACCUCUCAACGAUUGGAUCGUGGUCACGACGUGCAAAAUUGCCGCGAAGUGUGGCAAGCCCAUCCAGUUCCAUACUGGCUUAGGCGAUAACGACAUCGUCUUGAACCUCUCUUCCCCUUCACACAUGCAACCCCUCAUCAAGGCGUUCCCGGAGACCAAAUUUGUCCUUCUACAUUCUUCGUACCCUUACACGCGGGAAGCCGGCUACCUGAGUGCCGUGUAUGCCAACGUCUAUCUAGACUUUGGGGAGAUAUUCCCGUUCGUAAGCGCAGACGGUCAACGCGAAGUCGUGCGCCAGAUGCUCGAGCUCUGCCCUACGAACAAGAUAUUGUGGUCGACCGACGGACAUUGGUGGCCUGAAUCGUUCUACCUCGGAACCCAACAAGCGCGCGACACCCUAUACGAGGUACUCGCCGAUUACGUUGUUCGCAAGGAGCUCACGGAGGGUCAAGCCGUAACCGUCGUGGAGAACGCCCUGUUCCACAAUUCGAAUCGUUUGUACCGACUUGGAUUGACGCCGGAUUUGUCGUGGAAGAACGUGCAGACGUAUUAG